UCCUGCACCUCCUGUACUUGCAGCAGUGGACCGAUCGGUCCAGAACAACCUGAUCCUGCCGCCAUGGCCCACAGCUACCCCAGCCGCGGCGGCCUGCAGAGUCCAGAGGGCGUGUUGUUGCGAGAGAUCCAAGUCAACUUGCUGGAGUGUAAAGUCUGCUUUGAGAAGUUUACCGCUCAGCAUUCCGAGCGUAGGCCGCAGAACCUCUCGUGCGGUCACGUCCUGUGUCUGGAAUGCAUCAGAGCUCUGUCCCACCCUCUCCUCGGGAGGCUGGAGUGCCCCUUCUGUCGACAGCUGUGCAGUGUCGACGCCACCUCCCACUGCCAGGCUCUGUGCGACCUGCAGGAGAUGCUAUUCUUCAUCCCCGCCUGUCCCCGUGUGGACAAAGAAGAAGAGGUUGCGGGUGUGAGCGCCAAAGCCUUGCACCGCCGUGCCACUUUUGGCGGUUGGGGGGAUCUCAUCAACCCCUCAGGAGUGACUGUGAUGAGGUCCUCAGGGACUAUGUUUGUGGUGCACGACGGCGUUGAGAGGGUGGUGGUGUUGGGUCCACAGGGCAAGAAGCAGCACGCGUUUGGACCGAGAGGACACGCCAGUGAGGACGUUUGCUUCGCGAUGGAUGUGGCGGUGACCCCCUGUGGUCACGUCGUGGUGACGGACGCAGGAGACAAAGCGGUCAAGGUGUUCACCUCCAGGGGGAGUCACGUGGUGACCAUCAAGGCCUGCUUCGCUCUUCCCUGGGGGGUGGACACGGACCGUAGGGGACACAUCCUGGUGACCGACGUCCAGGCAGGAACGCUUUCCCGCCUCAAGGUGCACUACAAGCACGGCGUCGCCCUGGAGGAGGGAGUGGUGGUCUCAAACCUGCAGCAUCCUAAAGCGGUCAGCUGCUGCGCCUGCACGGCGAACACAGCAGUGAUGCAGCACCUUGCACAGGACACACAGCAGCUCACCGUCUUCACCGAGGACUUCCACCUUCUCUACCAGGUGGACACUUUUGCUCUCCAGCUGAUGUCGUCUGUCAAAAUGUCGGGUGUGACCUUUGACACAAACGGACACCUGCUUGUGGUGGACUCCCAGCAGGGGAUGAUUUGGAGUUUUGGGACCAUGCAAAGUGGUCCGGUCCUCACUCCUCUGGUCUCAGAUCAGCUUAUUCGGCCUGUUGGACUGGGGGCACUUAACAACACGCUCGUUGUAGUGGACGCUGGAGACCACACACUCAAAGUUUACUCUUGACUGCACGGACGCUUACAUCAAUGCUUUUUUCACGCCCCCCCUAAAGUUAUUGUUUAUUUUUGUUUUAUCAGGAUAGUAUAGUUCUUUACUAACACUAAAGAUGCUAUUGCCUCUCAUGGCAGCCCCACUAUUUAAGAAGGGACAGAAUGUUUUCACGCCCCACCCCGAAGUGAAUGUUUGUUUAUUUAUCUGUAUGUGUCAAGAUCUACGCCUGGGUUGUCAAACUCGUUUUAGCUCAGGGGCCGCAUGGAGGAACAUCGGUGCACACGCGGGUCGGACUAUUAAAAUCAUGGCAUUGAAACUAAGAAAUAAAGACAACUUUAGGUUGUUUUCUUUGUCUUACUUUGGCCAAAAAUAGAACAAACACAUUCUGAAAAUAUUACAAUAAAAAUAUAGGAAAAAAAUACCGGCAGCGGUAAAGUUUAGAUCCAUGAAAGAAAGAAGAAAGUGAAUGAAUGUUUAUAACUGAAUACAUUAACGUAUGCAUAAAAAUGUGUUUUCUUUUGUAUUUUUUUUAAAUUAUAAUUAAUUAAGUAACGUUUAUGACAACCUUUUUCCAAAACACAAUAUAGAAUCUGAGAUAUAACAGGAUAAUGCAUACAUUUAUCAUUUGUUUUCAAAAUGGUUACAAAAAGUGGGACCCCAAAAAUUUACUCUGGGACCCCAUUUUUAUGACUUAAUGGGGUCCCUGGCACCCAUCCAUCCAUCCAUUUUCUACCGCUUAUUCCCUUCGGGGUUGCGGGGGGCGCUGGAGCAGUGGUUCUUAACCUUGUUGGAGGUACCGAACACCACCAGUUUCAUAUGCGCAUUCACCGAACCCUUCUUUAGUGAAAAAUAAAAUGUUUUUUUUUUCAAAUUCAAGAAAAAGUUAUAUGUUUUUUUUACUGGUGCACAAAAUGAACCGUGCAUGAACAUCACCUUGUUCAAAGAACAAAACCAACACAGUGCAUGAACUCACAACAAAUUCCACACCUUACACACAUUACCAUGAAUUGAUUUAC